UCCUCUCUCAGCCUGCUGCUCUCGAGGAAGAUGAUGAUGAUGAGGGGGAAGAUGAAGAGCCCACACCUGAACUGAAGAAAUCUGUAGACGAGCCUGAAGAUAAAAAAGAAGAAGAGUACGAUGAAGACGACGAUGAGGAGGAGAAGGCGUCGGUGGAUGUGAUCAAACCCGUCCCUGAAGCUGAGCAGGAAGAGGCUGAAGCAGCAGAGUGUCCCUGUAUGCACUCUGGAAAGGCCAAAGAGCCCGACGCCAAGACAGUGGAGAAAAAAG